AUGCCACUCAUCAAAGAAGGCGUGCCAUCCCCAGCAACUAAGCUACGCAAGCUAGGGACCAAGGAGCAGAACCAGGUUAACCUGAAGUUGCUGGGAGCGGACAUCGUGCUGCCCAAACAACUUGAAGAUCACGAACAACCAUCCUUUCCAGAACGUCCUCGGGAACUACCAGCCACAAUUCCCGACGACUUCGUGAAGGACACCCUGGCAGAACUAAAUGCACACCCGCGAGACAGAAGUAUCAGCUUCCAAGCAGACGAUCACGUAUACUUCUGGAAAGGAAAGCGUGUGUCGAGAUCAGUCACACAGUUUAUAAAGGAAUUCACCGAACCGUUCUGCGAAAAGCAGGUCAUCAAUUCAAUGCGACAGAGCCGCAACUGGCCACGUCCCGGUUACCUGAAGACUUUGCUUUCAGAAAACCAAAAGAAUGAGUUGCAGAAGCUACCUGGCAGCGAAGAACUUCUUGCGGAGCUCAAGCGACAAGAGCGAGACGAACUCAAAGUCUGCCGUCUUGCCUUCAAGCUACGUGCAAACCAAGCGAGCAGUCCAAAUCAAGAUGCCGAUGUAGCAGAUGCUCUGACAGAACUCGGUCUUUCUCGGGAAGAAAUCAUGCGCAAGUGGGAGAAGGCACGCCAGGAUGGAGCAAGAGAAGGCACAUGGAUGCACGCACAAUUCCAGUGCCUGCUCAAUGGUGGCUCGGUUCCCGACAAAACCACCGAAGUGUUUCUCCUGUCACAAUUUCUACAGUCGCAAUCCAACACGAAGGCUUUCCGAACAGAGUGGCAAGUGUACGCAGACAACGAAGACCUGGCUGGCAGCAUCGACUACGUGGCGAAGAGACCAGACAACAGCGUAAUCAUAGUGGAUUGGAAGCGCACAAGCCCAUCUCGGCUCCAACGCAAGGCGUGCAACAAGUUCAUGCGGACGCCACUAGGCCACGUCCCUGACUGCACACUGUGGCACUACCGCCUCCAACUCAACGUGUACAAGUUCAUACUGGAAAAGUACUACGGAGAAGCUGUUUCCGCCAUGUACAUAGUGGGAACCAAUCCCGAAUACGGAGACCAACCGUUCAUAGACAACGUUCCCACAAUGGACGUCGAGACAAAGAAUCUCCUAGCAAACGCGCGGUGA